AUGGAAUCGAAUGGAAUGAUUCAAUCUUUUGAAAACAAGAGCAUCCUUGUCACUGGUUCUACUGGGUUUUUGUCGAAAUUGUUUGUGGAGAAGUUACUUAGAGUUCAGCCAAAUGUGAAACAACUCUAUCUUCUUUUUAGACCUGCUGAUGCGUCGUCCCCUACUCAGCGUCUUCAUAAGGAUGUGACAGGGAAGGAAGUAUUUAGACUGUUGAGAAAAAAGCAUGGUCUUGGAUUUGAUUCGUUUAUAUCCGAAAAGGUGACGCCUGUCUUUGGGGAUGUUAGUUUAGAGAACUUGGGAAUAAAAGACUCUGAAGUGGAAAAGAAAAUGCAUAAAGAAAUCGAUAUUGUUGCCAAUUUUGCUGCAACUACAAAUUUUGAAGAAAGAUACGAUGUGGCAUUGGCUGUGAAUACAACAGGACCUAAGCAUGUUAUGGAGUUGGCAAAAAAAAGAGCUAAACUAUAUGGAUGGCUAAUCACAUAUGCGUUCACAAAGGGAAUGGGAGAGAUAACAAUUGAUCACUUGAAAGGAAAUCUUCCUGUUGUUAUCGUAAGGCCUACAAUUGUUACUAGUACUUACAGUGAACCAUUUCCUGGAUGGACCGAAGGCUUCAAAUCGCUUGACCCCAUGGUAAUUAGUCUUGGAAUAGGGAUGUUACCUUGUUUUCUUGGGGACAAUGAGUCGUUCUUCAAUAUAAUCCCAGGAGAUAUGGUGGUGAAUGCUAUAAUAGCCGCGAUGGUGAAUCACUCUAAUAAUAAUAUUUUUUCUGGUGAUAAGGAUCGCUAUGUCUAUCAUAUCAGCAUCUCUACGCACAAAGAGCAGACGAGCAUCAUUAAGCUGUUAAGUUUUGCUUAUGAUUACUUUCGUGAGAAUCCUUGGAGGAAUGGUGACAGUAGUGAAAUUGUUAAGCCUGUUUUCUUUCCCACCAUGACUAGCUUUCGAGAGCACAUCCAUACCAAUUUUGUGGUGCCAAAGAAGGAUGCAGUUCAACUCUAA